AAAAAAGGUCAUAAAUGCCAAAAAACGAAACCCCUCCUUCGAUAACACCAAUACUUUAUCUCGUUUAGCCCCUGUACAUAGGCGUGGAAGUAUAUAAGACAAAAUUAGUCGAUAAUCAGCAGUGAUCAGUGUGUGUUAAAUAAAAGAAGUUGAAUGACAGGUUCUUGUGGCUUUUAGCGAUAUUAAAGAUACAUUCGAAUAUUGAACAAUAAGGAAGUACAGGAGUAUGGUAAAGACUGUUGAACGUAGAUAGGUCGUAGGCGUAUAUAUAGGAGAUGGGCUCCAGAGUAAAUUGUAUAGAUGGGAUUUAGAGGGUGGGAAAGAGGAAGAUAGUAUAUGAUAUAUCGUUGAUCCUCUGUGGAAACAUAACAAGUGGCUGACGAUCAGUGCGCAUGCUCGGCCUUUACCUACCGCCUCCGCAUUCACCCUACGCCUCCGCGUUCAUUCAAACGCCCCCGCUAAGGUACUGGUAGAGCGAUGACGUCAUAGAAAGUGCUGGAGCGUUCGAGCACAUGCACGACUGCACGAUGGAUACCUAUAUAUCUUGGAUGGUUGGAGAUCGGUGCCUUUGUGUGCGCCUUCCGUCGAGUGUGGUGGCGCAGCUGUUGGCCUAGGCGCCUUUCACUCAUCGAGCUCAGUUCACCGUUGCCUCGCGUCCACGACACGUCGCAACGCGUCGCAGCUACGGGAGUGAAAUACGAAAGGAAUAUAUUCCGAGAUACAUAGCUGAGAGAAACUUUGUGGUUGGGUGUUCGAUUGUUUGGUCGUGACGACGUGUAUAACGGUAUUUCAGUGUGCUCUUCGUACUGCCAGUGUGGCUCCCUGGAGAUUGGCGAGGAACGCCAACGUCGGGUCACUAUGAUGGAGUCCCUCUGUCAGCUGAAUAACAACAACAACAGUGCUAACAACAAUAACACAAGCGGGAGUAAUAAAAGCAGUAGCAACAACAACAACAACAACAGCAGCAGCAGCAGCAGUAAUGGGAUCAAUGGAGGUAUCGGAAGCGUGGGCGGCGGUGGGGAUGGCGACGGCGGCGGCGGCGGCGGCGGCGGCGGCGUCGUUGUAGGAAGCGGUAACAACAACCCCGAGUGCCAGGAUCCGCAGCAGCGUCUCGCGGUGCUGAGCUUCGAGCAAGUUCGUCGUCUGAACGAUGUGAUGAACGAGGUAGUGAGCAUCCACGGAAGAGGGAAUUUUCCCACUCUGGAGGUUCGGCUGCGUGAUCUCGUGACCGUAGUGCGCAGCAAACUGGAGGCCGAGCCGAGCAGCGGGGGAGCGGGGAUGAAGGUGCGCGACAUUCGCCUUAACGGGGGCGCCGCGUCUCACGUACUCGCGACCGAGUCCCAGCCGUACAACGACCUGGACCUGAUCUUCGCGGUGGAGCUGUCGAGUGGCCGAAACUACGACAAAGUGAAGGCCGCAGUGCUUGGGUCGCUCUUCGACCUGUUGCCAGAGGGCGUGAGUCGCAAGCGCAUCACCACCUGCAGCCUCAAGGAGGCCUACGUGAGCAAGAUGGUGAAAGUGAACAACGACGGAGAUCGCUGGUCCCUCAUCUCCUUGGGUAACUCCCGGGGUCAUCGGAACGUCGAGCUCAAGUUCGUCGACACGAUGAGAAGACAAUUCGAGUUCUCCGUCGACUCCUUCCAGAUCGUCCUUGACUCUCUCUUGCUCUUCUACGAGUGCAGCAAACUGCCCAUCGGCGAGAACUUUUAUCCGACCGUCGUCGGCGAGUCGGUGUACGGUGACUUUCAGGAGGCUCUCUAUCAUCUCCACAAGAAGCUCAUCAGCACGAGGCAUCCCGAGGAGAUUCGGGGCGGCGGACUCCUGAAGUACUGCAAUCUCCUGGUAAAGAUGUAUAAACCGUCCCAGCCGGACUACAUAAAAACCCUGGAGCGAUACAUGUGCUCGAGAUUCUUCAUAGACUUUCCGGACAUAGGGCAGCAGCGCGCAAAGCUCGAGAACUACCUGUGGAAUCAUUUUGUCGGUCCCGAGGAGGAGGCGCUAAAGUAUCAGUACCUGAUGCUCCUGCACAGCGUCGUCGAGGAGUCGACGGUCUGCCUGAUGGGCCACGAGCGACGACAGACCUUGGCCCUCAUCGAGAACCUCGCCUAUCAAGUCCUCUGUCAGGAGCAGCAGCAACGGCUGACGAAUCAUCAGGCUCCAUCAGGCCCACCUCCAACCACCUACGUAUACGCCAACGGCUACUACUACACACCCGUGAUACCUACCGCGUGCUACACGUGCACUUGCAACUCAUCCUGGAUGGCGUGCUCGUCGUGAUGCGACACCUAUCGUGGCCACCACCACGAUGGCUCUACCUUGUUUCAUUGCGCGACCUCAUCGUCGUCAUCGGCCCUGUACUCUAAUAAUCGCAACUGCGACGAUCAACUCUCUGAGGAAUUAUAGUUGACACCUUAAAGGACACCUUCUCGUCCUCUAUCGAUCAUGGUUCAUCCUACGACCCCUAGUACCUAAUCUACGACCCUCGACCACUACCCCAUCUAUACUUGGCAAUCGACAUCGACACUUCAUUAUCCAGCAUCACUAAGUUUUAUCCCACUCCUUCAUUCUUCGUAUUACUCAACGUAUACACAGAAAAGUAAUCGAGCGGUGAAGUAAGCCAACUGAACGUCAAAUGUUAAAGAAUAAUGUAUUAGAUGCUCUUGCGUGCGUGAUAUAACGUGAGUAGUGUGUAUGUGCGCGCGCGCGCGCGCGCGUGUGUGUGUGUGUGUGUGAGAGAGAGAGAGAGAGAGAGAGAG